GAGCCCGUCUGCUCAUUGCAGAGAAGAAGCAAGAAGAAACCUCGCUUUUCCACAAGUCUCUGCCUCUCCACUCCCCCUCCUUACUUCCCCCUCCCCAUUACCGUCACCCCUCCUCCGCCCCCGCCUUCGCCUCCUCCUUCUACUCUGCAAUCGGGAAUAAAUCAGGGAAGGAAACAGAGAAAGGGAAAGAGGAGACAGAAAAGAGAGUGCUUGCCGAGAUCUGUUACAAAAGUAACCCUGAUGGCGGCUGAUCAGAUGAAGCUGCUGUAGGGAGUUGCAGUGAGCUUCUAGUGGGUUUUUCUCUCUCAACCGUCCCUCAUUCCAGAUCUGGAUUUUGAUCUCCCUACCUCCCCCACCGAGCCCCUCCCCAUCUCUGGCACCUUGCUUGCGUUAUCUCCUGGCGUCUUUCUUUGCAGUGUGUACAUUGGUGUUUUGCCAUUUCUCCCCUCUCCUUCCCGGUUGGUUCCAUUAUCUUUUUUUUUUUUUUUUUUUUAAUUUUCCCCCCUCGAGUUGGAGAAGGAGUGAGAAGCGGGGUGGGGGGGGAGAGGGAGAAUCGAUCUUCUAUCCCGAAGAUGGCUGCUGGCUGGCUGCUAGUCUUUAGUCUGACACUUUUCCAAUCUUUACUGAUCAACCCUUCAUCGGAAGAACCUUUCCCUUCGGCAGUCACCAUCAAGUCAUGGGUGGAUAAAAUGCAAGAUGAACUUGUCACACUGGCAAGGACAGCAAGUGGAGUGACUCAGCUUCGAGAUAUUUAUGUGAAAUACAAAGACUUGUAUACUGUGGAACCCAACAAUGCACGUCAGCUGGUGGAAAUUGCAGCCAGGGACAUUGAAAAACUACUAAGCAACAGAUCCAAAGCCCUGGUGCGUCUGGCUACCAAAGCAGAACAAUUUCAAGCAGCCCAUCAAUGGAGGGAUGAUUUUGGGAGUAAUGAAGUUGUCUACUACAAUGCAAAAGAUGAUUUCAAUGAUUUUGAAAAAAAUGAGAGUGACCCAAACAGUCAAAGGAUCAGACCUGUUUUUGUUGAAGAUGCAGUCUUUCGACGCCAAACAUCCUACCAGCAUGCUGCGGUCCACAUUCCCACAGACAUAUAUGAGGGCUCAACAAUUGUGUUGAAUGAACUCAACUGGACAAGUGCCUUAGAUGAAAUUUUCAAAAAAAAUCGAGAUGAAGACCCUACCCUGUUGUGGCAGGUGUUUGGCAGUGCCACAGGCCUCGCUAGAUAUUAUCCAGCUUCCCCAUGGGUUGAUAAAACUCGAACACCAAACAAGAUAGAUCUCUAUGAUGUACGCAGAAGGCCAUGGUAUAUCCAAGGAGCUGCAUCUCCCAAAGAUAUGCUUAUUCUAGUUGAUGUGAGUGGAAGUGUCAGUGGAUUAACUCUGAGGCUGAUUCGUACAUCUGUCUCUGAAAUGUUGGAAACUCUUUCUGAUGAUGAUUUUGUGAAUGUAGCUUCAUUUAACAGCAAUGCCCAGGAUGUGAGCUGCUUUCGACAUCUUGUCCAAGCUAAUGUAAGAAACAAGAAAGUGCUAAAAGAUGCUGUGAACAACAUCAGUGCUAAAGGCAUCACAGAUUAUAAAAAGGGUUUUAGUUUUGCUUUUGAGCAGCUGCUAAAUUACAACGUUUCCAGAGCCAAUUGUAAUAAGAUCAUCAUGCUGUUUACGGAUGGAGGUGAAGAGAGAGCACAAGAGAUUUUUACCAAAUAUAACAAAGACAAAAAAGUACGUGUAUUCACAUUUUCAGUUGGUCAGCAUAAUUAUGACAGAGGACCAAUACAGUGGAUGGCCUGUGAAAACAAAGGUUACUAUUAUGAAAUUCCUUCCAUUGGAGCUAUAAGGAUUAAUACACAGGAAUAUUUGGAUGUGCUGGGAAGACCAAUGGUUUUGGCAGGCGAGAAAGCCAAGCAAGUCCAGUGGACCAAUGUAUACUUGGAUGCAUUGGAAUUGGGUCUUGUCAUUACUGGAACACUUCCUGUCUUCAACUUAACAGGCCAAGAGGAAAAUAAAGGCAACAUUAAGAACCAAUUGAUUCUUGGUGUAAUGGGAGUUGAUGUGUCUUUAGAAGAUAUCAAAAGACUUACACCACGAUUUACGCUUUGUCCAAAUGGUUACUAUUUUGCAAUCGAUCCUAAUGGCUAUGUGUUGCUACAUCCUAAUCUUCAGCCAAAGAAUCCUAAAUCUCAGGAGCCUGUCACCUUGGAUUUCCUGGAUGCUGAACUGGAGAAUGACAUCAAAGUGGAGAUUAGAAAUAAAAUGAUAGAUGGAGAGAGUGGAGAAAAGACAUUUAGAACACUGGUUAAAUCUCAAGAUGAGCGCUAUAUUGACAAAGGAAAUAGAACAUAUACAUGGACUCCUGUCAAUGGCACAGAUUACAGUUUGGCCUUGGUAUUACCAACCUACAGUUUUUACUAUAUAAAAGCCAAAAUAGAAGAGACAAUAACUCAGGCCAGAUCAAAAAAAGUCAAAGUGAAGGAUUCAGAAACACUGAAACCUGAGCAUUUUGAAGAAUCUGGAUACACUUUUAUAGCACCAAGAGAAUACUGUAAUGACUUAAAACCAUCAGAAAACAACACUGAAUUUCUCUUAAAUUUCAAUGAGUUUAUUGAUCGAAAAACUCCAAACAACCCAUCAUGUAAUGUGGAUAUGAUCAAUAGAGUAUUGCUGGAUGCUGGUUUUACAAAUGAACUUGUCCAAAAUCACUGGAGUAAGCAGAAAAACCUCAAGGGAGUAAAAGCUCGCUUUGUUGUAACCGAUGGUGGAAUUACCAGAGUAUACCCUAAAGAGGCUGGAGAAGAUUGGCAAGAAAAUCCAGAAACAUAUGAAGAUAGUUUCUAUAAACGGAGUCUGGAUAAUGACAACUACAUAUUUACUGCUCCCUACUUUAACAGAAGUGGAUCAAGUUCCUAUGAAUCAGGGAUUAUGGUAAGCAAGGCUGUGGAGAUAUACAUUGAUGGAAAACUCCUCAAACCUGCAGUUGUUGGAAUAAAAAUAGAUGUUGGUACCUGGAUAGAGAAUUUCACCAAGGCUUCAAUAAGGGAUCCGUGUGCCGGUCAAGUUUGUGACUGCAAAAGAAACAGUGAUGUAAUGGAUUGUGUAAUUUUAGAUGAUGGUGGAUUCCUUUUAAUGUCAAAUCAUGAUGAAGAUACUAACCAGAUUGGGAGAUUCUUUGGAGAGAUUGAUCCAAGCUUGAUGAGACACCUCAUCAAUGUGUCUGUUUAUGCCUUUAAUAAAUCUUAUGAUUAUCAAUCUGUUUGUGACCCUGGUAGUUCACCAAAACAAGGAGCAGGAAAUCGUUCAUCAUAUGUGCCAUCAAUAGCAGAUAUUUUGAAUAUAGGUUGGUGGGCCACUGCUGCUGCAUGGUCUAUCCUACAGCAGUUGAUUUUGAGUCUAACUUUUCCACGGCUUCUUGAGGCAGUGGAUGUGGAUGAUGAUGAUUUUUCUGCUGUGCUAUCAAAGCAGAGCUGCAUUACUGAACAAACUCAGUAUUUCUUUGACAAUGAUAGUAAAUCAUUUAGUGGGGUAUUGGACUGUGGAAACUGUUCCAGAAUAUUUCAUGUAGAAAAGCUUAUGAACACCAACUUAAUAUUCAUAAUUGUUGAUGGCAAGGGGACAUGUCCUUGUGAUACACGGGUACUAAUCCAAGCAGAACAGACUUCUGAUGGGCCAAAUCCUUGUGAUAUGGUUAAGCAACCUAGAUACAGAAAGGGACCUGAUGUAUGCUUCGAUGACAAUAAAAUGGAAGAUUAUUCAGAUUGUGGUGGGGUUUCUGGAUUGAACCCAUCGUUGUGGUCUAUGAUAGGAAUCCAGUUUGCACUGCUUUGGCUGUUAUCUGGCAGUAGACAUUGCCAGUUAUGAUGUUAUGAAACCAAAAUCUGCAUAACUGAUUUCAAAGACCCUGCCAAAACAUGAGCCCUAUUUAAGUACAAAAGGGUCAAUUAUUCAGACGGCAGAAAAUCACCUGUUCUCAAAACAAGAAGGUAUAACUAUUUGAAAGACUCAUUAGGCACCCACAAUGGCUGCAUGUUGGAGUGUCAGACCCUUAAAACUUGUGUGAAUGCUGCAUCAUCUAUUCUGUCAAAGCAGAAUCCUAUAUGUACUUUACUGAGGAAUCUGAUAUUUUUGUUGUUGGAUCAUUGAUGACUUCAUGUAAAAGGGCUGCCCCUUUAAAAUGGCUUCUUAAUCAUAUCAGUUCUCUAUAUUUUGACCUAAAAAUCAAUUCAUUUUGCUCCCUUUUUUGAUCAAGAUUUCCAGGAAUUUUAUUUUGCUUUGAUAUUUGAUUCCAUUAAAAGUUUGAAUAAUAGUUGUGUUAAAAACAAAAUGAGAGAUGAAUUCUAAAUGACGUAAAUAUUAAAACUGGCUAGUCUUUGUCAAAAGUUCACCAUGAUUGAAAUGCCUUAUGAAGAGUGGCUCAUUCUGCCAAAAAUAUAUUUUAAAAAUGGGUGACCAGCUAAGUUUUUUGGGGGGUGGGAUGUUGGUAGAUUUUAACUGUUGGUUUAAGUAAAACAACUACUAAACUAAAGGUGCUUGAGGGUUUGCUAUUUAACUCAUCAAACAUAUUUUCUUGAUAAAUAUCAGCCCUUUAAAAAGAACAAUUCAAAUUAAUGUUCCCUUUGUUCACAGUAUAGUUGUGUUAAUCCUAGCCAAAUCUUUAAAAAGUCCUUUAAGAGAUGGUAGGGGUGGUGGGUGGGAUGGGAAGGGAAAAACUUUUUUGUGAUCAUUGAACUUUGGUACCAAGGGUAUUUUGCAUGAUGCUGCUGCUAUUUUUUGUUUGUUUCUUUUCUUCAGCUGUAGAGUGUAAUUUAUUUUUAAGGUAACUGAGUGGUAUUAUUAAGGUAAACUGAAAUUUACAGUUAUAAUGCACUUAAAUAAUCUUACAUGAUCUGGUUAAAUAAAGAUAUCUGAAUAUACUGUGAAAUGAAAAAUGCUGAAAGACUGGACUGAGUAAGAAUAUGGAGAAAUGGAAUUUUAUAUAGAUUAGUGCUUUUGCUUGAAAACCUGUGUACAGAUAUUUUAAGUAUGUAUCAAAUUUGACACAUUUAUUUUUAAAGAUCACAUAUAUGUUCUCAAUGAAGAUUCAUAUCAGGUUUCCUCUUUGUUCAAUUAAAUGUUAGCUCCUGCAGUUUUAAGAAGUUCUCUUGCUGUUUUUCAUUAAAAAUGGCCAGUUCCACUAAGCAAAAUUUCCAACCAAUUGAAUGACAUAUUAAAAUAAAUUGAACAAAACAGGAAACCCUGAAUUUAUGCUUAUGUACAUUAAUAUUUGAUUGUGAAUUAAAGUUUUUUUUUAUACAACUUCAUUAGUAAAACUGAUUGGUGCAGGAAAUCAUGAUAAUGCACUGUAGUAUAAGAUAGCAGUAGAAGUGUGUUUGUUUCUGAUUAUCAAAAGUAAACAGUAUUGUGAGAGAUAAAUCAAUGAAUGUACGACUCUAGUAAUCUAUAAUUUAGCUAAAAGCUACAAUCUGCAAAUGUUUAUAUAAAGUUCAUUAAUUCAUAAAAGCAGAAAAACACCAUGCAAAAUAUCUGUAUGUGUGUAUACAUAUACAUAUAUAUUUAUAUAUGUAUAUAUCUAUAUAUGUUGGAAAGGCAUUCCUGUAUUUUAACCAAUAUCAAAAUUUUACUGAAGUUGUACAGCAUGUUUGACACAUAACAAAGAGCAAAACCAACCCUAUAGCAUGGCUUAAAAGUGGUUUGUUUGUUUUUCCUUUUUGGUAAUAUUCAAUACCACUGGUGGCUCUCCAAUAUACCCUUGGUUCCAAUUAUAUCUGUUUCCUUAUUUAUUUAUUUAUUUUCAAAAAAGGGAAACUUCUAGCUUUGGUUGUCACAACUGACAUUAAUUUAUACUUCUAAUUCAUCUUUUUGAUAGUGGUGAGCCCAUUUAUACGGGUAUGACAAAGUAUUACCUUCCUUACCUUAAUGACAAUGAUGAUUAAUUACACACACACACCACUAUCAACAACAUUACAGCAAAAGGAAAUCCUACUAAAAUGAUAAAUAUAUGGAAUGUUAUAUUCUAGGUGGAAUUGAUUAGUCAAAUGUUUUAAAUAUACUUUAUAAUUGACUCUAAAACCCUCAGGUAAAACUAAUUUGUUUCUCUAUUGAUUUUCUUGUUUGGAGAAUGUCAAAAUAUAUAAUGCUAAACCAACAUGCUUAAACUAUUUAAGUUAUAUAUUUUAGAUUACUAAAAUAUAUAAAUACUGGUGUUGAAUCUUUGCUAAACUCUGUGAAGUCAGUGGCAAGUUUCAAUAUUGGGAAAUUAUAGCAAGGACUCCCCUAGAUGAUAUAUUUAAAUAAUAUUAAAAUCAUAUAAUUACUUCCAACAUACAAUACUCUCUUGAAAAACAUUUUAAAAAACCAUUAUCAGUGAGUAAUGGAAUCUUUUUCAUGGGAUUCAUUCUUUAUUGAACUAAUUACAAUUAAACUUGGUAUCCUAUUCCAUUUCUAUUGGCAUAAAAACAUUUUAGUGCAUGAGAAGCUCAUUUCUUUUAGGAAAAAAAUAUAUAAUCUGUAAACCACAUGCAUGGUGAUAAAUUUCAUAAGCAAAGUUUCUCUGACUGAAAAAUGUCCUUGUGACUGCUGUUAGUUUUAAAUCUCCUAGCAUACUUUUCUAAGGAAAAAAAAAAAACAACCCAUUUCUUCAAAUUGCAAUGUGUAAAAUUGAUUAUUUUCCUGUGAGUUUUGACUGUUGGCAAUGAUUUAAUAGAUGUAUCCUAUAAAUAUCUGUUUCCAAACAUUUAAAAAAUACAAGAGAUGAAAAAAAGCUUUGAAUAUAUUUGAUUUACACCUUACUCAUGCAACAUCCUACAGAUUCUUCAUUAAGCCAAAAUUAAAACAGCAUUGGUGUUAAGUAAUCAGUAAAGGAUUUAACGUAAAUGGCUCCUCUCUAGUUUCUUCAUUUGAACAACCAGCAUUACUGCCAAAACACCAAUCGUGGUCCAUAUUUGUAACAGGUUUUUAACAUGACAUAGUUAGCAAGUUUGACUGAAGAGAUUUUUAGGUUCUGGACUCAAGAGAUUUUAGUAUGACCUUUUUCAUGUUUCUAAUGCUUGAGGCUUUAUUGCUCAACUUGGAGAAAAAAAAACACCACAGUGUUGCUGCCAUUUGUAAGUUUUCCUAUAAUAUUCCUUUUAUUAACUCUAAACUGGCCUUACUGGAUUCAAAUAGGCAGUAUCCCUUUUAAGUGACCUUUGCAACCCAAGUGUUACUUGCUGUUUGAUGCUUUCAGUAUGUUAUAAAUAACAUUCAAACUUUUGUCCCCCUACACCAAAGCUUAACUUUUGUCUUAAUAUCAAAUUCUUACCCAUUGGUCCUGUGAGAUAAGAAGCUCAACUUGCUAGAAUUAUAGAGAAUUGACAUAGUGGGCCACUAGAGAAUGUCUGUGAUGCUUUUACAAAGGAUACUAGAAGGACUAGCAACCCAAGUUUGCUCCCACCUCCAUCUUCUAUUCAGUCCCCAAAUAAAGGCCAAGCUUUAUUUUUACCCCAAUAUUAGAAUGUUAAUAUUGUUAAUAGUCAGUGUACACUACUGUAAACAAACAAACAAAAAAAGACAAGUGUCUGAAAAUCAAAUCCGGAGUUCCAAUAGCAUUAAUCUAUUUUCAACAAGAACUUAUUUUUACAUUGUUUCUUGUUUAAAAAAUCAUCUCAAACAAAUUUCACUGAGGCUUAAGGAAUAUACUGUCUUAUUUAGAUGCCAACUGAACUUACAAUGUGAACUAAGUUGUCUUCUCUGUUGUGUUCUAUGAUAUGUCUGGAUCAUGCUUUUGGGGAUGUUUUUAUUGAAAUGCUCAGUGUGCAUCCAUUAAAAAAAAAGGCUCUGGCUUGCUCUUGUUGGGCAACAGGACUUUUCUCCCUUUUAUUGUGUUCUCUUGACACUUUUGUGGAACUUGACAAGCCUGAAAAAAAUUUUUUGUAAAAAUUUGUAUAAUACUGUUAUAAAAAAUUUAUAAUCAUAGAAAAUGUUGUGUUAAUUCUUGUGCAAAAAAACCCCAGUAUAUUCAGAAUAAAAAUUUAUCAUUUGAAACCAC